GUGAAUAUUUAGUCUCUGACAUUCACUGAAUAAUUUCAAUAGAAGACUUGAAAGGAAGAGAAUUAGCAAUAUUCCAGUCAUGGUGGUGAAGGUUUAUGGCCCAGCCUAUGCUUCCCCAAAGCGUGUGCUCGUGUGUCUUAUUGAAAAGGAGGUUGAGUUUGAGACUGUCCCGGUUGAUUUGCUCAAAGGAGAGCACAAAGACCCUGAAUACCUCAAGUUGCAGCCUUUUGGAACGAUUCCUGUCACUCAAGAUGGAGAAUAUACUUUAUAUGAAUCCCGUGCCAUCCUGAGGUACUAUGCAGAGAAGUACAAGUCACAGGGAACUGAUCUGCUGGGGAAGACAGUAGAGGAAAGAGGUCUUGUUGAAAACUGGCUAGAGGUCGAGGCACAGAGCUACCACCCACCAAUUUACACCCUGACCAUUCAAAUCCUGUUCUCCUCCAAGUUGGGGUUCCCUCGUGAUGAAAACUUGAUCAAAGAGAGUGAGGAAAAGCUUGCCAAGGUGCUGGAUAUUUAUGAGGAGAGGCUGUCAAAGAGCAAGUACUUAGGUGGUGAUUUCUUCAGCCUUGCUGACCUUAGCCACCUGCCAUUUACUCAGUACUUGGUGGAUCAAAUGGGAAAGGAGUACAUGAUAAGGAGCAGGAAGCAUGUUAGUGCUUGGUGGGAUGAUAUUAGCAGCAGACCUUCCUGGCAAAAGGUUCUCCAGCUCUAUCCUGCUCCUUCCAAGAAUUGAAGUGAUGGCGUAUCAGAUGGGUCUUUUCAAAUAAUGCUUACUUUGUUUAGCAGUUUGCUUUCAGGUCUUGCUUUACAUCUGUCUUACGAUAACUGUUUAUCUUUAUUAGGUGGAUAGGCCAUCCAAUUAAAUGGUUUGGAGUGUUUAAUUUUAUAGUUUAUUAUAAAUGUAUUGUUUUUUGUUUGAUGUUAAUACUUAUUGUCUUAAAAGAA